AUGAGUAUCUCCCCAGACUCAGUGCCAACGCCCGCCUGCUCCAGCGAUGAUGGCAACUCGUAUUCAAUCGUCAACGACGGCGCCGUCCGGAGGCACACACAGACGCCCGUCGCUGUGGUAGGCAUGGCCUGUCGGCUGCCCGGCCACAGCAACUCGCCGACUUUGCUCUGGGACUUCCUGCAACGCGGUGGUGUCGCCAAGAAUGAGCCCCCCGCCACGCGGUUUAGUUUGCCCGGGCAUCACGACGAGCACCGCCGGCCACGAACCAUGAAGAGCCCUGGUGGCAUGUUCAUGGAGGAUGUCGACCCCGAGGUGUUCGACGGGCAGUUCUUCAACAUCAGCCGCGUGGACUGCAUUGCCAUGGACCCGCAGCAACGCAUUCUUCUCGAGGUUGCGUAUGAGUGCUUGGAGAAUGCAGGUAUCCCGCUCGAGGCCAUCAGCGGGAAACGGGUUGGUUGCUUAGUCGGCACGAAUAUUGUCGAUUAUGCGUCCAUGCAGAGUCGUGAUCCUGAAAACCGUCCUGAAUCUGCAACGAUAGGUGUGGCAUGGUCUAUUCUGAGCAACCGCAUCAGUCACUUCCUUAACAUCCAUGGACCCAGUAUGACAGUCGACUCGGCCUGCUCGGCCAGUCUGGUGGGCGUGGAUGUGGCCUGCCGCUACCUGGACAGCCACCAGGCCGACGGCAUGCUGGUGGCCGGUGCCAGUCUGUGGUUGACGCCAGAGCACAACGAAGAGAUUGGAAUGAUGCGAAUGACGCAGUCCGCCACGGGCAAAUGUCACAGCUUUGAUGCUAAGGCAGACGGGUACGCCAAGGCCGAAGGCAUGAACGUCGUCUAUCUGAAAAGGCUGGCCGAUGCGCUUCGCGACGGGGACCCGAUUCGCGCCGUCAUUCGAGGCACUGCCACCAACAGCGACGGCCGCACGCCGGGAAUCGCCAGUCCCAGCGCUGAAGCUCAGUCGGCCGCCAUUAAGGCGGCGUAUACCAAUGCAGGAAUCAAAGAUUUCAACAAUACGCAGUACUUGGAAUGCCACGGCACUGGUACGCCAGCUGGAGACCCUAUUGAGGUCAAGGGUGCGGCUUCGGUUUUUGCGUCCACGCGAGAACUCGGCCAGGACCUGGUCAUUGGCUCAAUCAAGAGCAAUAUCGGUCAUUCCGAGGCCGUGGCUGGACUGUCUGGCUUGAUGAAGGUCGUUCUCGCUCUGGAGCGUGGGGUUAUUCCUGGAAACCCGACUUUCAUCACACCAAACCCUAACAUUGAUUUUGCGGGUUCCCGUGUUCGUGCCACGCGCAUGUCCAUCAAGUGGCCGGAGCAGGCGCUGGACGUGCGACGCGCAAGUGUGAACUCCUUCGGCUUUGGUGGAUCCAACGCCCACGCCAUCCUGGAGAACGCCCCAUUCGCGUCAAGCCAUGUAUCUUCUUACAAGGAAAUCACAACGGACUUUUUUGGUGACGAUGAUGAGGAUGAAGACAUAGCUGGUACCGGGGAUUCUCCACCAAAGGUACUUGUUUUGUCGGCGAAUGACCAGGGGUCGCUGAAGAACUACGUCAACGCCCUCGCGGGACACUUGAUCAACCCUAGUGUCUCGGUCGACGUGGAUGACCUGGCGUACACCCUCUCCGAGCGUAGGAGUCACCUCUACUACCGUGCGUUUGCGGUCAGCUCAACCAGCAGCAUCGACCACAGCAAGGUGCAGUUCGGACAGAAGGCUGCGUCAACACCGCGUAUUGGGUUUGUGUUCACUGGCCAGGGCGCGCAGUGGUCCCAGAUGGGAGCGAGCCUCAUCAAGGCAUUCCCACAAGCAAAAGAGGUGAUUGAGGAAUUGGACCGGGCUCUCCAGAGUCUUCCAGACCCUCCAAAAUGGUCUCUACUUGACGAGCUUACCGAGGAGCGGACGCCCGAAGCUCUUCAACAGCCAGAAUUCUCACAGCCUCUGGUGACCGCAUUGCAGUUGGCCAUUUUAGCAGUUGUGAAGGAGUGGGGAAUCCAUCCCAAGGUGGUGGUUGGACACUCGUCGGGCGAGAUUGCGGCCGCGGCCGCGGCCGGCCUGGUCACCCCAGACGAAGCCAUCAAGAUCGCCUAUUACCGUGGCCAAGGGGCCAAGCAGUUCCCUCCCGAGGAGCCCCUGGGUAUGUUGGCAGUGGGGGUCAACAUUGAUACGGUGGAGAAGUACCUGGACCCAGAGAGCAAGGUUCAGAUCGCAUGCUACAACAGCCCGAGCAGUCUCACCCUGUCUGGCAGUACGGCAGCGUUGAAAUCGCUCGAGGCGCGCCUGAAGCAGGAUGGCCACUUCGCCAGGCUACUGCUUGUGAAUGUUGCCUACCACUCCAACUACAUGGCCCCAAUCGGCGAGGUGUACGAGAAGAUGCUCCUUGCGAAUGUUUCCAGCACGGUGCCUCGCAAACCGACAGCCAGAAUGUACAGCUCUGUCACGGGUAACGUCCUGACGGAAGCGCCAGAUGCAUUGUACUGGAAGAGCAACAUGAUCUCCCCCGUGCGGUUCACACAAGCCACCACAGCGCUUCUACAGGAUCCAGAGGGAGCCGACUUCCUCAUUGAAAUCGGUCCCAGCAAUGCCUUGUCGGGUCCAAUUGCUCAGAUCAAGAAGGCUCUGUCCGGUGCCGCUGCAGACGCGCUGUAUACCUCGGCCUUGAAGCGUGGACCUGACUCGAUUCAAUCUCUCUAUAACGUGGCCGGUCAGCUUUUCAUAAGCGGAGGGUCUGUGGACCUUCGCAAGGUGAACCAGACACACGGGUCCAAGAAGCCCUCAGUCAUCAUCGACCUGCCCAACUAUGUGUGGAAUCACUCGCAGCGAUACUGGCAUGAGACCCAGGCGAGUCGGGACUGGCGGUUCAAGAAAUUCAUUAACCACGACCUACUGGGAUCUAAGAUGAACGGCACCGCCUGGCAGGCACCUAUCUUCCAGAAAACCCUUCGGCUGAGCGAUAUGCCCUGGUUGCGAGACCACAUGAUGGGCAACCAAAUCAUCUUCCCGGGAGCCGGAUACUGCGCAAUGGCGGUCGAGGCCAUGUAUCAAGUGUCCAUGGUCACCAAGUGGGACGAAAAGGAGCCCGAGCGAUACCAGUUCCGCUUCCGCGACAUUCGCUUCCUGCGCGCCCUGGUACUCGAGGAAGAGGAGGCGGCUACCUACACCCUGGCUCUCAGCCCGGCCCGUGGCGGAUCUAUCCGGGACUGGUACGAGUUCCGCGUCUGCUCUACGAAGGAAGGUGUCUAUACCGAGCACUGCGCGGGAUUGAUAUCCGUCGAGACCGACUACAAGGAAAAGCCGGCACCUAAGGGUUCGCUCGAGCCCUUGCAGCUGGCGACGCCGGCAAGCAUGAUCUACAAGGCAGUGCGAGAGUCUGGAUAUAACUACGGGCCAUGCUUUCAGAAGCAUCUCCUAUUCGAGGCCUCCAUGGGUCAGACCGAGAGCCGCUCGACUGUGGCAAUGGACCCACCCCCGUCUACAUACGGACAGUCGUUCUAUCCCAUUCACCCCGCCAGUAUCGACGCGUGCUUCUAUAUCGGCAUCCUUGCCAUCUCCAAGGGCGACAUUCCGCUGGUUGGCGCCGUCCAUGUGCCGCAGAUCCUCAGUAGCCUGGUAAUCCCCAUGCGGCGCGAGCAGCCCGUGGAAGCCAUUGCGUUGGCCUCAGCGCGCUUCCUGGGCAUCGGCCGGGAGGACCUACACCGCAACUACGGCUCGGAUCUGUCACUGUAUGACCCACGGGACGGGUCGCUGAUCUUCGAGAUGAAAGGCUUGACGACACGAGAUAUCGAGACCAGCGAAGAGGAGGGAGCCAAACAUCUUUUCACGCACCUGGCGUGGGAGGCGGAUCUACCACUUCUACUGUCCGGACCGGAGCCCAGGCUCAGACAAUUCUUGCGCGAGACAGGCAAGUCCACGCAGGACCUCAUCAACCUCAUCGCCCACAAGAACCCCAACCUGAAGGUAUUGGAGUUGAAUCUGAGUCCCAAGGACACCUCAAGUCUGUGGGUACAGGAGGAUUCCCAUCCCAUCCGAGCCGCGACUGCGCAGUACAAUUUCGCCGUGAGUGACCCGACUACGCUUGUCACAGCCCAAGGGCUGCAUUUGCCGCACGUCCCAUCCGCACAAUUCGGCCUGUUGGACAUCACGAAGACCGAGGAGAUUGUAGCAGACACGAAAUUCGACCUUGUUAUUGUCAAAGCUUCCGAGCCCGUGGAGCCUAUCGUUCGAGACCGAGUCUUGAAAAGUGUGUCUCAGUCCGUCGAGAAUGGCAGUAUCAUCCUCGGCGUGGGACAUAGUAUCGCACUGGGCGCAUUUGGAAGCGUUCAGGCUCUCGAUGAUGACUUGUCCAUCGUGCGGGUCGAGACAGAGAAGCUGCAGGAUGUGACGCUUCCCACUGUGAGCUAUAUUAGCCUCACCGGCACCGUUGAUGAAGCAUCCAGCAAGGUCCUGGGCCACAUUGUGCAGAGCGGGUGGAACAUCCAGAAGGUCACCGAUGCUUCGACACUCCCUGAGGGCCACAUGGUCCUUAUUCUAGACGAGCUCGUAUCAAGCAUUAUGACUCACCCCGAUACGGAGCAGUGGAAUAAUAUCAAGCAGAUCAUUCAAAGGCAAAGCAAGAUCCUGUGGGUGACGUCUGGCGCCCAUCUCAACGUCAGCAACCCCAACGCUGCCGCGAUCAAUGGAUUUUUCCGCAGUGUACGCGCCGAAGAGGGCGUCCGACUCGUCAAUCUGGACGUCGAGCACUCCACGGGCGAUGCGACAGGAUCUGCCAUUGUCUCGUGUUUGGAUGUUCUCCGUCAGCCGGAGACUGCCGGUAGCCCUCUCGACAGCGAGUUCGUCGAGCGCGGCGGUGUCUUGCAGGUCAGUCGUUUGCUUCCCAACUGGGAGAUCACCAAGAUCCAGGGCCACCACCCAAGCGACCGCAAGACCGAGGUGCUGGACAUUCAUGCCCAUGAGACCCUGAUCCACAUGGGCGCAGAGCGACUGGGUGAUCUCGACUCCAUUCACUACCACGAGGUCACAGCUGAGCCCGUCGAGCUCGAGGAUGGGUAUGUCGAAGUGGAAGUGUACGCCGCGGGUCUCAACUACAAGGACGUGGUCGUCACCAUGGGCAUCGUCCCAGGUGACGAGCGCGAACUCGGUGGAGAAGCCGCUGGCAUUGUCACCAAGGUCUCCCCCAGCGUCACCUCGUUGCAUGUCGGACAGCGCGUUGUGGUCUUCACUCCAGCCACCAUUGCCAAUCGUGUGCACACCCGACCAGGACGAGUCCAUGUCCUCCCGGAUUGGAUGACCUUUGAGGAAGCCGCCACUCUUUGUGGUGUGUACUUGACCUCCAUUUACUCGUUGUUCGACAUGGCCCAGGUGAGUUCCAACAAGACGGUGCUCAUCCACUCCGCAGCGGGUGGUGUUGGUAUCGCCUCAAUGCAGCUGGCCCAGUACGCUGGCGCGGAGGUGUUUGCGACUGUUGGGUCUCCGGAUAAGCGCGAGUUUAUCAAGUCGACCUUCGGUCUUAGCGAUGACCAUAUCUUCAACUCGCGCAACACGGAUUUCGGCGAACAGAUCCUGGCCGCCACCGGUGGCCGUGGGGUGGAUGUCAUCCUCAACUCCCUUACCGGUGAUAUGCUGGACGAGUCGUUCCGCGUCCUGGCCGAUGGAGGAAUCAUGGUGGAGAUCGGCAAGAAGGAUAUCCUGGACCGCAACAGCCUGGCCAUGGAAGCAUUUGACCGCAACAUCUCACUGAGGGCUGUGGACAUGUCCCAUCAGAGGGCCCCUGACGCUCUGAUUGCUAGACUCAUGACCAAGCUUUUUGAACUCCUCGAUGGGCGACAUGUUAAACCCAUCAACCCCAUCCAUAUCUUCUCCUUCAGCGAUGUGGCCAAUGCGGUCCGGUACCUGCGCGCCGGUAAGCAUAUUGGCAAGGUGGUCAUCUCAGACGGGCUCGACCCCAAGAUCUCAGUCCCGUACCGUUGGGAUAUCAUGGAGGGUACUAAUUGUCGUCUGCAACAGGUCCGACGCGCGCCAAAGGUUCUCCACUUCCGCGACGACGCCACAUAUCUUAUCGUGGGUGGCCUCCGUGGUCUCUGCGGAGCGCUGGCCAUCUACCUGGCUAAGAGCGGUGCCAAACAUCUGGCCGUCAUUUCCCGCAGCGGACACACCGACGAAAAGUCGCGCUCCAUCGUCAAGCAGGUCCGAGCUCUGGGGUCCAGCAUUGAUCUCCUCACUGCCGAUGUAACCAACCCCAGCGAUGUCCAGAGAGCGUUCAACCAGACCACCUUCCUCGUUGGAGGUAUCAUUCAGGGCGCGAUGGUGCUCAGGGAUCGUCCAUUCGAUUCGAUGACUCUGGAGGAAUACAAUCAAGCCGUGGCCUGCAAGAUCCAAGGCACAUGGAACCUGCACGCAGCGGCGGAGCGUCUGAACCUUACCCUCGACUUCUUCACACUGCUGUCCAGCAUCUCGGGCGUGAUCGGCCAGCGCGGCCAAGCCAACUACGCGGCGGCCAACGUUUUCUUGGACUCGUUCGCUGCCUACCGCCGGCAGCGCGGCCAAGCUGCGUGCUCAAUCGACCUGGGCGUCAUCGAGGACGACGGCUUCAUCGCCAACAACGCUGGAUUCCAGGAGAAGCACUUCGACAGCCGCACCUUCAAGGGCAUCAACAACGGCCUACUUCGCCAGAUCCUCUACUUCUCCCUUCUGCAACAGGCCGGCAGCUUCCCCGACUCCCCAUCCGCCACGCAGAUGGUGACGGGCAUCGUCGCCCCACAGCCUGCCGACUCGGCGCUGCUGCAGGACGCCCGCUUCGCGGCGCUGCGCGCGGGCUCCGGGGCUGGCAAGGCCGCCGGCGAAAGUGGCGGCAACAGCGCCAACGCCGAGGUGCAGGCGCUGCUGCUUCUGCUGCGGUCCCCGUCUGCGGACACCUCGGCCCAGGUUGCUGCCACUGUCGAGGUGGUCAACAAGUGCUUCGUGCGCAUGCUGCGGCUGUCUGAGCCGAUGGACCCGGCGCGCCCGCUGGCCGUCUAUGGCAUCGAUUCCCUUGCCGCCGUCGAGGUGCGCAACUGGGUCCGCAAUGAGCUGGGUGCCUUGGUGACAACUGUGGAUAUCAUGAACGCUGCCUCGCUGCGAGCAUUUUGUGAGAAGAUCGUCGCUAAGAUUGUGGUGGGUUAA